GUCCGGCGAAGUAUUCCGGAAAUAACAUAAAUUUGUAAACAUUGUACACAUGGCUAUUAUUAUAGUGACUUCUUUUAUUUUCACGGUAUUUAAAUGUGUUUUCUGAAAGACAUCAGGACUACAUUAGAAAUAUAAUCAUACUUCGUGAUCCUCAUAGAUCUAUAUUGAUUCAAUGCACUUUAUUGCUUUCAAUCAAAAUCUGUGUCCUAAAAUCAAAGGAAUAACAUUCCAAACAUUCUUAUCUGUUAUUGUUUUAAUACUUUUAUUUGAUUUUUGUUUGUUUGAAAGAACCAAAAGUUAUGUAAUGGGUGAAUGGACAGGACGCAGAUUUCGAUCUCCAUUAGCUAGAACAGUUUAUUACAAACUAUUAGAUGAUCAACGACACAGAGAAGAUACACACCCAUACUGGUAUCGGUUUGAAGUGGAUAAAAUACCAGAAGAGUUGAAAGAUAAAUUUAUGCCUUGUCAUCAGGACACAGAAACCAGUUUGUUUCUCGAAAAUUGUUAUGAAAAAUCAGAUUAUAUAUUUACACAGUUAUAUUUCUCAAUGGCUCGUUCAGUUCUCAGUUGGUUUAUGUCACCAACAUCAAUCAAUGGAUGGCUAGAUAGAGGUUCUAUGUUUAUAUUUUCACAAAAUCAGAUUAAAGAUUUACUCAACAUUACAGAUGACUGGAGAGCAGAGAACUUCCUUGAUUUAGGUGCUGGCGAUGGGAAAAUAACACAGAAAUUAUCACAUUUAUUUAAUCAGGUUUAUGCAACAGAAGCUUCUAAUGUUAUGAUUAAAAGAUUAAAAGAAAGAAAUUUCAGUGUUUUAGAUAUUGAUGCCUGGGACAAUGGAAAUAUAACAUAUGAUUUGAUUGGUUGUUUAAACCUUUUGGAUAGAUGUGAUAAACCAAUUAGUAUUCUUCACUCGAUUAAAAAGUCCUUGAGAAAAGGUGGAGGUCGUGCCUUAGUAGCUGUGGUUUUACCAUUUUCAUCAUAUGUUGAAGAAGGAUCUUCAGAUCACCAACCAACAGAAAAAAUUCAUGUUGAAGGAAGUAGUUUUGAAGAACAAGCUACCAGUUUAAUUAAACAUGUGUUUGAACCAGCAGGUUUUAAUGUGGACAAAUUUACACGAGUACCGUAUCUUUGUGAAGGAGAUAUGGGUAAAUCGUUCUAUGUAUUAGAUGAUGCUCUCUUUGUGCUUUCACCAAAAGUUACAAGUUAACGAAACAAUGCUGCUUUAUAGAAGAUAAUUAUAAAAUGUAUUAAUUUUUGAAAUACAAAUAUAUUUUUAUGUAUUUAUUUAUAGAGCGGUAGCCCAGGGGGUGUCAACCUAGCUGGAAAGUGUACCAACUUUCUCCUAUGAAUGACCACUGCCAGACAGUUUGUGUGGUGGGUUACCCCGAACAGACACGCCCUAAAAUGCCACGGCCCCCAACUAGGAUAGUUUAACGGGCACUGUGUCAGAGUGUUUUUGUAAUACCUGAAGAUGUACGGUACACUGCUGUACGAUUUUCAUGUGAUACACUUUGGAGCUAAUCUAACUAGUUGGGGGGCAUGGCAUUUUGGGCGUGGAAUACCACGCCCACCAGAUAUACAUGCAUUGAUACCAUAUAGGAGAAAAUUGGUACACUUUUCAGCUAGGUUGACCCCCCCUGGGCUAUUAUUUGGGAGAACAUAUGACACUUUAAUUUGAGAUUUUCACCUACUAAAAAGAACAUUCCUAUAAUUAUUAGCAAUAUUGAUGUAUUCUUUAGUUUCUACAAAAUAAUAUUGUAUGAUAAUGGCAUAUUGAAUACUGACAAGAUUUUAUAGUGCCUUACAUUUAUUUAUGAGAUAAAUAUUACCCUAAUCGAGGGUUGAUAUGUGAAGGACAAUAGGACAAAAUUAAGAAAACAAGCCAUAAGUUGCACGUGCAUUACAUUUUAGUAACCACGUGUUCACAAACUGGUAUUCAUUUUGCGCAAUGUUGUUAAACGAUUUGAAGGACAAACUGAUCCAAGCAAGUCAGUAUGAGUAUGUAGAAAUUAUGGUUGAAAAAGAAAAUGUAGAUUCUGACAGUGAAUUAUUUAAAGCUAGUCAAAGUGCAGAAUUUAUGCAGAAAAUAUUUAACAAGGAUUUAAUGUACUCGGAUAUUUUGGAUUUUGAGGAAGUUACAAAUGAUAAGUUACAAGAUGUCACUGAAUGUGCCAAUAAUGCCGUGCCCAUAAAUACCUUACCCAGAAAUCAGUGGGCUAUGAACUGUUUUAACAGUUGGUCAGUGUAUUGGAAUCAUAAACAUGAUAGUGAGCAAAAAAUCCUGUUUGCGCUGGAAGAUAUGAGUAUUUAAGAUCUUAUUUUUUGGAUAUCUACAUUUGACUGGGAAGUAAGCAAAAUAUAAUGAUGAAUAUUACCCACCGAAUUCCGUAUUUAGUUAUGGGAAUAGUUUCACAUUUAAAGAUUUUUGAAUAAAACUGAUGUGGAGAGUUUGGACAAGUUCUUGAUGGUCAGAUGAAAAGAGAGAGAGAGAGAGAGAGAGAGAGAGAGAGAGAGAGAGGGUUUAAUGUCUAAUGUCCACUUGACACAAACUAGGUCAUUUCGGGACUAAUGCAUGGUUCAAUUUUAUUUCAAUAAUUUGUUUGCGCGUAUGGGUCUUUAGCAGUGGGCGGAAACCGGAGGACCUGGAGAAAACCCACGAUGUUGGACAGACGACCCUACUCCCUGUGACGUACAACCGAGGAAUCGAAACCACGCCAGUCAUGUGAAGAAACUAAGUAACAUGGGCCUAACAAAGUUCAUCCUCCGAAUCGUUUGACAACAUUGUACAAAAAGGUGAAUAAAAUGUUAAAAGAAAGAAUUUGUGAUAUCAGAUAUCACCCUCUGAUGACAUCACAACAGGUUGAUACGUUUCAUAACAACAUGCAUGGGAGAUCAAAGCAAAUAACAUCCCAAGGUGUGUAAGUGUAUAUAUUAUAAUCAUGUAAAAUUUGUAAAUUCUCAUGUGUUUUAAUUUAGCAUAAUAGAAAACCUGCAUUUGUGAUUUUGAAAAUAUACUUUUUCUUAUAUCCUUGAAAAAUGAUUAAUAUUAUAUUUCAAUACCUCGAUUGAUGUAUUCUUAUUUAUCGUACAGUUUGUGAUCUUUAUAAGAAAUAAAGAGUCUACUAGCAGA